AUGCCUGGAUCAUCAACGCCGUCGUGCUCCAAGCCAAGAAUCUUGGAGCUCGCAGAUAGAAUCAGCCACUCGGCAGCCCACCUGGACAGUAUUCUGCGCGCCAAGGAUGUUCCCUCACCCUCGUUUGCGGAGGAUGCCCCUGCUCCUUACCCGUCAGAAACGGAUGAUGUUCGGGACGUCAUCGUCGACGCUGCCGCCGAGCUGUAUGAUCUGUUGCUCGAGCCCAUGGCCUUGCUCUACAAAAAGACGGGACACAACAAUAUGGUGUGCCUCCAGUUCAUAACCCGCUUCAGUGUCGCCGACAUGGUGCCGGCGGGCGGACAGAUCUCCUUUGGUGAUAUUGCUGCAAAGGUCCCAGGGCUGACUGAAUCCAUCGUCAGCCGUCUACUGCGACAUGCCAUGACGAUGCACGUGUUCCACGAGCCCCAACCCGGCAUGGUCGCCCAUACCAAAGCCUCCAAAGCCCUUCAAACCAACCCGGUGUUGAACGCUUGGCUGAGGAACGGAACCCAUGAGAUGUGGCCGGCUGCGAUCAAGAUGCUUGACGCCCUAGAAAAGUGGCCCGAGUCCUCAGAGCCGUCAGAGACGGGGUUUGCCCUGGCGAAUGGUACAGUUGCCACCGCCUUUGAGAUCCUCGGCAGCGACCCCGCCCGGGCCGCCAGGUUCGGUCGCGCCAUGAGCAUCUACGCCAUGAAGCCCGAGUACUCGCCUUCUUACCUGACAGAAUACUUCGACUGGGCAAGUCUUGGAUCGGCGCGUGUUCUGGCGGUGGCGGGGGCCUCCUAUUUCCAAGUCGCUGUUGAACUUGCUCGAAGAUUCCCCAACUUGCAGGUCACGGUGCAAGACACGGCACAAGCUCUGCCUGUUCCGGCGGCUGGAGCAGUGCCAGCCGAUGUGGAGGAACGGUUGAACGUCGCGGUCGUAGAAGAUACCUUUGCUCCCCAGAUGUCUAGCACACAGCCAGUUGAUAUCGUACUGCUCCGUUGGGUGCUGCAUAUCUGGCCUGACAAGUACUGUGUCCGUCUGCUGAGAGCACAGAUCCCUCUGAUGCGAACUGGAACAAGGCUUGUCAUCCAGGACGUCAUCUUUCCGAAGCCAGGAACAGUAGCACAGUGGCGGGAACAGGAUUUGAGGGCGAGCGAUGUCCACAUGGCCAACCUUUUUAAUGGAAAAGAGAGGACAGCCGAGGAGUGGGAGGCACUUGUCGUCGAUGCCGAUCCGCGAUUUGUGGUCUCGCGCGUGGUUGAGCCCAAGGGAUCAGCUCUGGGCAUCAUUGAAGUUGCGUGGCAGGAGUGA